AUCAUGUUGAGUCUCUUCCUUCUCGCACUUUUAUAUCCCUCUUUGGCAUUGGCAGGUGCUGAUUUACCCGCCAUUCCAGCGGACAAAAGUACUCCUGUUCAUCAAAGAAUUUCUCUCAAAAAUCCAGGAAGUGUUGCUAUUGGUUGGAACACAUAUGAAGAAUUGAAACAGCCAUGCGUUCAAUAUGGUACCUCGGCUAAUUCACUCGAUCAACAAACUUGCUCUUCUUCUUCUAUCACUUAUGCAUCUUCUCGUACAUGGGCAAAUUCCGUGACUUUGAUUGGCUUGGAAUCUGCUACGCAAUAUUACUACAAGAUUGUCUCUACAAAUUCAACAGUUAUUCCAUUUAAAACGGGACGUAAAGCUGGUGAUCUUACUCCUUUUACUGCAAAUACUGUGAUCGAUUUAGGUGUCUACGGUAAAGAUGGUUAUACAAUCAAAUCAGCAGCAGAAAAACGUUUAAUCCCUUAUAUGAGCGCAGCACCUGAUCAUACAACAAUUUCUCAAUUGGUCAAAUCUAUCAACGAUUACGAAUUAGUCAUCCAUCCGGGUGAUUUGGGUUAUGCAGACGAUUGGUAUUUAAAAGGUCAUAAUUUAUUGGACGGAAAAGAUGCGUAUGAAGCAAUUUUAGAACAAUUUUACGAUCAAUUAAGUCCCGUUAGCGGUCAACGUCAUUAUAUGUUAUCGCCCGGAAAUCAUGAAGCUGAUUGCAGAGAAGUUGCCUAUGUACCGGGUACCUGCCCUGAAGGUCAAUUCAACUUUACGGAUUUCAACAUUCGUUUUGGACAAAUGAUGCCAACUGCUUUUGACUCUGUCUCUAAAAAUGCAAACGCAAUCUCUUCAAGACAAAAAGCUAAACAAUUAGCCAAUCCACCUUUUUGGUUUAGCUUUGAUUAUGGAAUGGCACAUGUGGUCAUGAUUGAUACAGAGACGGAUUUCCAAGAUGCUCCUGAUCAACCUGGUGGCUCAGCAAACUUGUAUGCAGGACCGUUCGGUUCUUCUAAUCAACAACUUAACUUUUUGGAGAACGAUCUUGCAAGUGUUGACCGUUCCAUCACGCCUUGGCUCAUUGUUGCCGGUCACCGUCCUUGGUAUAGUACAGGUGGAAGUUCAAACGUUUGUACGCCUUGCCAAAAAGCAUUUGAGCCAUUGUUGUACAAAUACGGAGUUGACUUGGCUAUUUUCGGACACGUUCACAACUCUCAACGAUUCUUCCCUGUUAAUAAUGGAACAGCUGAUCCUGCUGGUCAAAACAACCCCAAAGCUCCCAUGUACAUUGUUGCAGGUGGAGCGGGAAAUAUCGAAGGCUUAUCCGAUGUUGGUGAUCGACAAGGCUAUAAUGCAUUCGCUUAUGCCGAUGAUUAUAGUUAUGCAACUUUAUCUUUCCAGAAUGUUACGCAUUUGCAAGUCAACUUUAUUCGUUCAACCGAUGGAAGUAUCUUAGAUUCUUCUACUCUGAUUAAAAAUCAUACUGAUGCAUUCGUAGUACAAUAAACAACG